CUUGCCUAGUAGACCCACACAUCUGCGAGGCUGCGGCUCCGUUGAGCUUAAUCCGUUCUCUAAGUUAGAGAUCUUGCAGCCUGCCUUGCGACAGCUUUUCAAGACUCCAAAAUAUUCUAAGCAGUCCGUCGCAGCCGAGCAUCGUCGUCUGCACGCGUUUACCCAGCAACAUGAGAAAUCUAAUGCAUCUUAGAUCCACGCAGCCCGAAUUUUAGCAUCCGACGGAUCGAACCCACACGCAUUCUUCCCAAUCCCAAUGGCCGACUCGGAUGGCGAGUAUGUCGACGGCCUGUCGGAGGAUGAUCUCAACGAUCAGCGUGUGGCGUCUGGCGCAGACGGCAGCUCCUACGGUACACGGUCCAAGGGCGCUCGUGCCAGCGGGAAGAGUAGCGAUGGCAGGAAAGCCAAGGGCGGUGGCCGCUCCAAGGCCGCGUGGGAAGACAUCAAGAGAUCCUGGGAGAAUGUGGUCGAGACGGAGGAUGGCAGCAUCACGAUUGAGGCACUCCUCGAAGCGGAGAAGCGCAGGCGGCUUAUGCGCGACACGACACCAUUGCAACGUGGUAUUAUCAGGCACCUGAUGCUAGUCCUCGACAUGAGCUUCGCCAUGGCGGAGAAGGACCUCCUACCGAACCGCUACCUCCUGACGCUCAACUACGCCGUUGGGUUUGUGCGCGAGUUUUUCGAGCAGAACCCGAUCAGCCAGAUGGGCAUUGUCGGCAUGCGCGACGGCAUCGCCGUCCGGAUCAGCGACAUGGGCGGCAAUCCGGCUGCGCACAUCGAGAAGUUGAGGGCAUGGGCAGAACAGCAGGAACCACAAGGCAACCCGAGUCUUCAGAAUGCCCUGGAGAUGUGUCGUGGCUCCUUAUUCCACACCCCAUCUCACGGCACGCGUGAAGUCCUCAUUAUCUACGGGGCCCUCCUGUCCAGCGACCCGGGAGACAUCCAAGAUACCAUAUCGAACCUGCUGAACGACCGUAUCCGCGUCUCGAUAGUGGGCCUCGCAGCUCAGGUCGCCAUCUGUGCCGAGCUCUGCAGCCGCACCAACGGCGGCGACCCCUCCGCAUACUCGGUGGCCCUCCACGAGCAACACUUCCGCGAGCUCUUCCUGGCCGCCACCACGCCCCCCGCCACCCACUCUUCCCCCAGCCAACCGGACAAUCAGGCUGCGCUGCUCAUGAUGGGCUUCCCCUCGCGCACGCUCGCAUCCAAAGACCACAUCAGCUUCUGCGCAUGCCAUCAUCGCCCCACCCGCGAAGGCUACGCUUGCACGCGGUGCGAGGCCAAAGUGUGCCGCUUGCCGGCCGAGUGCCCCAUCUGCGGCCUGACGCUAGUCUUGAGCACACACCUGGCGCGGUCCUAUCACCACCUGUUUCCGCUCAAGGGGUGGGUUGAAGUCCCAUGGUCCGAGGCGACCAAGUCCGUAGCGUGUUAUUCGUGCCUGACGCCGUUCCCGCCGGUUCCGGCAGCGAAGGGAGGGCAGCACGGCAGCAGCAAGGAGACAGCGGCACCACCAGGGUCGGGGGAGGAAGAUGGCCCUAGCCCCAGGAAAGGGGAGAGCAGGAAAAGCGUGGGCGUUGCGCCGCCGGCGGUGGUGCGCGAGGCGAAGACGGCCGGGGUAAGCGAGAGCGGGCGCUAUGCGUGCCAGGUGUGUGGCCACCACUUCUGCAUCGAGUGCGAUGUGUUCGCACACGAGGAGAUCCACAACUGCCCGGGGUGUCAAAGCGACAUCCGCGGCAUGACGGGCGGUGACGCGCAAGGCAACAACGGUGAGGCGGUAAUGGACAAGGAUAAUGGGGCCAGUGAGGCUAUGGUUAUAGAUUAACCUCGCCGGGGCCUACUCCAAUCAGUUAACUAUCGGGGUUGCGUGACUUGGCUAGACUAUAUUUGAAACAUCUGGUGCAUCGGAUGGAUAAGCGACUCAACAGGUUGCGGACGGCGUUGGCGGGGCAUAUCAUGUAGUUAUGGGUUUG